AUGGCGUCGGCAGCAGCGAUCUUGUACGUCUGCGGCUGGGAUUCGACGCGCCAUGCAGGGGAAAAGAAAGCUGCCGUCGAUGCUACGGCCAUCAACAGCCAGAGUGUGGGUAACGCACAGUGGACGGCCGUUGUAGAGGGGCGGGACGAGCCCGGCGGUGGUAGUCACCCGUGGGCGGGGAAGGGGCCGGAAGGUAGCUUUCACGGUGGGCUUGGGCAGGAGACACGACAACCACCACCAGGCGGGGGUGGUGGCCAAGCAGAAAAUCGGCCACAGGCAAGAGAGGGCCGAGCCGCGGGUGCUGCGACCCCCUCAUCGUUUUUGAGCGAGGGCGCCGUGGAGGCGGUCGUCGGCGCGGUGGAGAGCUACGCCGACUUCGCCAAGAGAACUCUGGAGGCAGACGAGGUGGCCGUACAACAAGGGCGCCCGCUGCAGGGAAAGUAUAUCGUGCUGGAUUCGGGGAACGAGCUCGUCAAUCGUCUGCGCGGGGUGAUGAGCGGCUUCUUUCUGGGCGUGUUGACGGAUAGGGUGUUCGUGGCCGACAUCACGUACCAGAAGGACGGCACACAAGGGCUGCUGAGUGCUCUGUUUGAGGGGCCGGGAUACGAGUGGGACUUGUCGAAGCUCUCUCCCGGGCUCCGCGGAGCGCUUGCUCCCAACAAGAAGAAGCCCCCCCGCGGCAAGAUCAGGGGCGGAGCAAGCGGCAGCGACGCGACUCUUCUCUUCGACAUGUCCAAGGAGCACUUCGAGCACUGGGUGUGCCACGACGUGGUGGAGGGGCGGGGGUCCCCCGGCCAGGGGGGGUCACCGGCGGGGGCGGUGGUAACGCUCUCGACGGUGGUCUACCCGCUGCCCCUCUUGGCCCGCAACCCGGCCUACGCGUCGCACCCCAUCUUUCAGGCGGCGGCCGCGGGGGGGGGCGCGGAAGGGCAGAAAAAUCCGGGGGGUACGGUGGUGGGGCAGAGGGGGGUCGAGGCGCUCGAGACGCUGCUCACGAGGGUCGUCCUGAGGCCGACCCGGGAGCUGAGGGAGCGCGCGAGGGGGCUCGCGGAUAGGGUUCGUGAGAGGGCGAACGAGUGGGGGGGAGGAGGGGGGGGGGGGCGACCGGUAAGGAUCGUCGGGCUGCACGUGCGGACGUACUUCGUCAAGGCUAUCAGCACCGCAACGAAGCUGGAGAGAAACCUCCAGCACUUCGAUGACUGCGCGGUGGCCGGCAGCGGCGACGGGGCAGACACCGGCAGUAGCACCUUCUACUUCGUCGCUACAGACGAAGCCAACACGCAAGCGGCCGCAAAGAAGGUGUGGGGAGACGGCUGCUAUUUCGAGCCGUUCACCCUCCCCGGGAGCAAGCUGGAGGGCAUCAAAGCCGCCUUCGUCGACCUGCUGGUGAUGGGGUCCUUCGACGACUACGUCAUGACCCCGCACUCCAGCUUCAGCGAGCUCGGCGCGACCCUCUCCCACACCUGGCUACCGGACCCCGAAACGGCACUCCGGACGCCCCCGAACCGCCCCAUCGUGCCGCUCUUCCCGCAGACGAACGAUUUCGAGCGCCGGAAGGUGUUCUCCUUGCUGGACCGCCGGGCGGUGGAGAUUUUCCCGAGCGAUGACGGACAAGUUGUGGCCGCCGCGGGCGGCGCCGGGGCGGGCUCGAGCGGGAAAGGGAUGUGCAUGAGGGCGCACGCCGCGGGCAUGAGCGUGACGGUGGCCAUCGGGCGCCAGCUGCUGAGCAUGUUCGAGGCGAUGGAGGGAGCUCCUUGCAUGAAGGGCAAGGACACGACGAUCGCUGAUUUAUGA